CCUUUACUAGCUAUGCAUGAAAUCUUGCACAAAUUAACCUCUCUGAGGCUCAGUUUCUUCUACAAAAUUGGGGAGGUAAUGACAUUUACUUUGUAGAAGAUUGUGUGGAAUAAAUGAGUCCAUUCCUGUGAAGGACUCGCCCCAGGGCCUGGCGCUGGGUCCGCGUUUGAGCGACACACAGCUCACAGUGUGAGCCCAGUACUGUGAUACCCAGAAGCCGCCUGAGAAUUUUCAAGGACCAUGAACACGAAAGCUGAUAUUAGUUUCACAGAUUAUUAUCCGCUUCUCAAAAUGUCCUGGAAACCUGUGACCUAUCUGAGAACUCUCUUCAUUCAGAGUUUGAAGACCGGAUUGCUCUCUGAGUGGCAGGGCACCUCCCCUUUCGCUGAUUAGCAAAUGAAGACUUUGGGGCCUGGACUGAGGAGGAGACUAACUCGGGCAGGGGGAACGAGGUGGAUGACCUAGCUGAGCAGCUGUCCAGGGGACAGGCAGGAGCUUCCUCACUAUGGCUGGAACAAAGAUACUUUUGAUGCUGGAAAACUUCAUAGGUGGAAAAUUUCUACCUUGUAAGUCAUAUAUAGAUUCUUACGACCCGUCUACAGGGGAGGUGUACUGCAGAGUGCCAGACAGUGGAAAAGCAGAGGUCGAGGCUGCGGUGGAGGCCGCCAGAGCCGCCUUCCCGGGCUGGUCGUCGCGGAGCCCGCAGGAGCGCUCGCAGGUGCUGCACCGGCUGGCGGACCUGCUGGAGCAGUCCCUGGAGGAGCUGGCUCAGGCUGAAUCUAAAGACCAAGGGAAAACCAUAACACUGGCAAGAAACAUGGACAUUCCCCGGUCUGUCCAGAACUUCCGGUUCUUUGCCUCCUCCAUCCUGCACCACACGUCGGAGUGCACCCAGAUGGACCACAUGGGCUGUCUGCACUACACCGUGCGGGCCCCCGUGGGGAUCGCGGGUCUGAUCAGCCCCUGGAAUCUGCCGCUCUACUUGCUGACCUGGAAGAUUGCGCCCGCGAUCGCCGCCGGCAACACUGUGAUCGCCAAGCCCAGCGAGCUGACCUCGGUGACGGCCUGGAUGAUGUGCGGGCUCCUGGAUAAAGCAGGUGUUCCCCCAGGUGUGGUCAACAUUGUGUUCGGCACAGGGCCCAAGGUAGGCGAGGCCCUAGUGUCCCACCCAGAGGUGCCCCUCAUCUCCUUCACUGGGAGCCAGCCCACAGCCGAGCGGAUCACACAGCUGAGUGCUCCCCACUGCAAGAGGCUCUCCCUGGAGCUGGGGGGCAAGAACCCUGCCAUCAUCUUUGAGGAUGCCAACCUGGAGGAGUGCAUUCCGACCACCGUCAGGUCCAGCUUCGCCAACCAGGGUGAAAUCUGCCUCUGUACCAGCAGGAUUUUCGUCCAGAAGAACAUCUAUAGUGAAUUUUUAAAGAGGUUUGUGGAAGCUGCCAGAAUGUGGAAAGUAGGCGUUCCCUCUGAUCCAUCGGCCAGCAUGGGAGCUCUGAUAAGUAAAGCUCAUUUGGAGAAAGUCAGAGGCUACAUCAAGAAAGCCCGUGCUGAAGGGGCCCAGAUUCUGUGCGGUGAGGGAGUGGACAAGUUGAGCCUUCCCCCCGGGAAUCAGGGAGGCUAUUUUAUGCUUCCCACCGUGAUAACAGACAUUAAGGAUGACUCCUCCUGCAUGAAGGAAGAGAUAUUUGGUCCCGUGACGUGUGUUGUCCCCUUCGAUAGCGAAGAGGAAGUGAUUAAAAGAGCUAACAGUGUUAAAUAUGGGCUGGCAGCGACUGUGUGGUCAAGCAACGUGGGGCGUGUCCACCGGGUAGCUAAGAAGCUGCAGUCGGGCUUGGUCUGGACCAACUGCUGGCUCAUCAGGGAGCUGAACCUUCCUUUUGGGGGGAUGAAGAGUUCUGGAAUAGGUAGAGAAGGAGCCAAGGACUCUUAUGAAUUCUUCACUGAAAUCAAAACCAUCACCAUUAAACACUGACCUUGGCUACUGGAGAAAUUGUUAGGGUCAAUGCCUGACUACACACAAUCAGUGGUCCAAUGUGGCGAAUGGAAAUACUGGUGUAAAUUCCAGCCAGGUCUUGCUUGACUCAGCAGAAGGUUAUCUCUAGCUUAUCCUCAGCAGUUAAUAUUUUUACCUGCUGUCUAUUUUCAAGGUGAAGACAAAGGAGAGAAUACUUCUGCAUAGGAAAACACAGAAAGGAUGUCAAAUAAUUGUCAGGCUCCUCCUGUGUUGUGUCUUCAUAGGAUUAAAAAAAUCAUUUUGAUUAGAUUCUUGGAAAUUCGCAGAUAAUCAGACUGUUUUGAUUUGUAAGCGAAUGGUUAAAAAAAAUCUAUAAAGCCAAAGAGAAACAAAUCACCAUAAUUUCCUACCUUUGGGGAAAUUGUCAAGAUGGUCUCCCUGCCCAUCAGCCAGCAGGAUGGCUAAUUGUUAACUGGCUGACCUCGUUAUGCAAGGGGACCGUGAAUGUCAAUGAUAAACACAACAUGGAAUUUGGCGGAGAAGGAAUAUAUGGGAGCUCCCAAUAAAUACAUCCAUAUAAGCACAAAGAAAAAUAACGUAACUGUUACUUUUGGAGGAAACUUAGAAGAAGAAUUUGAUCCACUCCUACUAUAGAGUCUAAUCAGUUCUCAUUCUGAGUGUGUGUAUCUAAUGAGACUCACAAUUUACUAACCCUAAAGGAAGCAAUAAAUGUUAAGCAAU